AUGUCUGCCGAAGCACCAAAGACCGUUGAGGCGCCUGUCGUUGCUCCUACCAGCGUCGAGGCUCCUUUCACCGAGACUCCAGCAGUUGUAAAGCCAACAGAGACAGAAGCCGUCGCUGAGCCAUCGACGGAAACUCCAGCCGUCACUGAGUUGGCACCAGCAGAAGAAGUUGCUGCGCCAGCAAAGGAGGAAGUCAAGCCAGUUGAGGAGGGUGUUCUUGGAUACAAGGGACCUGGUCUUCUCAAGAGCUUCAUUUUCCAGAAGAAGUUCUUCUGGUUUGGUACCGAUGCCGUGGAGACAAAGGCGCUCUCCAGCUACCUAAGAGGCGAGAAGGAUACCGCAGCUGCCAACCACAACGCUGCAUGGGCGUCCCACACCGGCAAAGGUCUCCUUUUCUUCAGCAAAAAGGCCACCGACAAGGCCAGCCCAGCCGGUCUUUUCAACCUGUCUGAUGUUGCCGACAUCGCUGAGGAGGGUCACGAAUUCCACUUCGUCUCUGGAGGCCACAAGCACACUUUCCAAGCCUCGUCUGUUUCUGAGCGUGAAAACUGGGUCGCUGUUUUGAAGUCAAAGGUCGAGGAGGCCAAGACUUUGGGAGAGACCGUCAAGGACACCGAGGAGUACAAGAAAAGCCACACUGCUUUGACCCCAGCUGUUGCCGCUCCAGUUGUCGCUGCAGCAAAGAAGGUCGGAGAGCCAAAGACAGAAGAGCCUGUUGCUGAGGCCGUCAAGGAGGAGAAGAAAGAAGAAAAGAAGGAGAUCAAGGAAGAAAAGAAGGAGAUCAAGGAAGAAAAGAAGGAGGAGAAGAAGGCCCGCAAGAGCCGCUCCGCUUCCCGCAAACGAGCAUCCAUCUUUGGUGGUUUCGGAAAGAAGGACACCAAGGAAGAGAAGGUUGAGGCCAAGGAGGAAGCCGCUUCAUCUUCAGUCCCAGCCGUCGAGGAGCCUGUCGUCGCUCCAGUUGAGCCAACUCCUGUUGCAGAGACCCCUGCUGUUAUUGAGCCAAUCGCUCCAGUCGUCGCUGAAGAGCCAACAACCGCAACUGAGGCCACCCCAAAGCCAACUCCUUCCAAGCGUAACAGCAUCUUCGGUACUCUCAAGUCUCAAUUCUCCAACACCAAGGAGAAGAAGACACCUGAGGCACCAAUCGUCCCAGCAAAGGACACCGAGACUGAGCCAGUCAGUGAGACCGCUCCAGUCAUUCCCCAGGUCGAGUCCACCGAGCCUCUCCCAACCACUGUUGCCACCCCAGAGGUUACCCCAGCCGAGCCUGUCGCACCUAUCACCAAUGGAGAGACCAAGACCGCCGAGACUCCAGUGACAAAGACUGACAAGCGCAAGAGCUCCCUCCCAUGGUUGAGCAAGAAAGAGAAGCCAACCAGUGAUGAUGACACUGAGAAGCCAAAGUCUCCAUUCGCCAAGCUCCGUGCCACCGUCAAGGGCAAGUCGUCCCCUAAGGCUGAGAAGACCCCAGAGGUUAAGCCAGAAGAGACCAAGAAGGAUGAGGAGACCGUCCCAACCGUUGCCUCCACCGAGGAGCCAGUCGUCGCAGCUCCUGUCCCAGCCGUCCCAGCUACCACUCCUCAAGUCACCGCAUCCGCCUAA